GGAGCAAACUUUCCCACACGCCGCCAAACCGACGCCUCCAGAUCCAACAGCACUAUUGAAUCUGCCACGUGCCACCCAAGUCGCCGCACAAGCCCUAGCAAGACCUACAGCAAGCCUAGACCAUAAUUCCUUUAUCAACCAUGUCCGAGUUCAAAAUGACCAUUUGCUGCAUGGGCGCCGGCUACGUGGGCGGCCCUACCAUGGCUGUGAUCGCCGCCAACUGUCCGGACAUCAAGGUGGUCGUCGUGGACGUGAGUGCGCAGCAGAUCGCCAAGUGGAACGCGCCCGAUGAGAUCCCCAUCUACGAGCCUGGCCUUAAGGAGCUCGUGGACGCGCGUCGAAACAAGAACCUGUUCUUCUCCACAGACCUGGACAAGUACAUUAACGAGGCCGACAUCAUCUUCGUAUGUGUCAACACGCCUACUAAAACCAGCGGUAUUGGCGCUGGUAGCGCCGCAGACACGAAGAACUGCGAGGCCUGCGCACGUAAGAUCGCAGACGUGGCUACUGAGGGCAAGAUCGUCGUAGAGAAGUCCACCGUGCCCGUACGCACGUCCGAAAGCAUCAAGGCUGUGCUUCGAGCCAACUCGAAGGGUCUUAAAUUCGAGGUGCUCUCGAACCCGGAGUUCUUAGCCGAGGGCACAGCUAUCGACGACCUGCAGAAGCCUAGUCGUAUUCUGAUUGGUGGAGCCGAGACUCCAGAGGGCCACGAAGCCGUGGAGAAGCUUGUAAGCGUGUACGCCCACUGGGUGGAGCGUGAACGCAUCAUUACCACGAACGUCUGGUCCUCGGAGCUGUCCAAACUGGUGGCCAAUGCCUUCCUGGCCCAGCGAAUCUCGAGCAUCAACUCGAUCUCGGCUGUGUGCGAAGCUACAGGCGCGAAUGUGCACGAAGUGGCGCGUGCAGUCGGUGCGGACGACCGUAUUGGCGCCAAAUUCUUGAACUGCUCGGUCGGUUUCGGCGGCUCGUGCUUCCAGAAGGAUAUCUUGAAUCUAGUAUACCUGGCCGAGAGCUUCCACUUGCCGGAAGUGGCCGACUACUGGCGCCACGUGGUGACGAUGAACGAGUACCAGAAGACUCGCUUUGCUACGACCAUGAUCCGCCGGAUGUUCAACACGGUGACGAACAAGAAGAUCUGUAUCUUCGGCUUUGCGUUCAAGAAGGACACUGGCGAUGUGCGUGAGACUCCGGCCGCUACGAUCGUCAAGUAUCUGCUUGAGGAGAAGGCCAAUGUGGCUGUGUACGACCCUCAGGUCAAGAUUGAGGACAUGAUGCACGAGCUCGAAUACCAGGGCGUGAACAGCACCAACCACCCGCAGAUGGACAAGCUGCUUAAGGUGUAUAACGAUCCGUACGAGGCGGCUAAGGACUCGCACGCUAUCGCUGCGCUUACCGAGUGGGACGAGUUCAAGACGCUGGACUACGCCAAGAUCUACGAGAACAUGACCAAGCCUGCGUUCUUCUUUGAUGGACGCAAUAUUCUCCCGCAUGAGAAGAUUGCCGAACUGGGUGCCAAGGUGUACGUCAUUGGCCGCGCCGAGGUUAUCUCGGGUGAACUGCCCUUUUAGAGCAGAGUAACCAAGUAGUGAGCAGACAUUUUUUUUAACUCUGCAGUGCUGUUGCUGAAUGCCAGCGUUAUACUCUUCGUGCUGUCUUCCCUUAACGUAAAUCAAAUCAAGCCUUGAGAGUCUGCUUAGCAUGAGUCCGACACGAUUUAGUUCUGUUCAGUGUACCACAAUCGAAGUGCGUGUUCAAAACUCAACUCAUGAGACAGUCAAGACCACUCCACGGCUCGACUAGCCAAAACGCACCGUAAUAGCGAUGCGCUAGCAAGUACUACAUGUACCAAUACAGCGCCCGAC